AUGGGAAACAGCUUAAGGUGCUGUUUGGCUUGCGUUCUUCCUUGCGGAGCGCUAGACUUAAUCCGCAUAGUCCACCUCAACGGCUGCGUCGAGGAAAUCACGCGUCCAAUCACGGCAGGAGAAGUUCUCAAGGCCAAUCCAAACCAUGUUUUGAGCAAGCCCAGUUCCCAAGGCGUGGUUCGCCGGAUUCUCAUCCUCUCGCCGGAGACUGAACUCAAGAGAGGCAGCAUCUACUUCUUAAUCCCCGCCGCGUCUCUGCCGCCAGAGAAGAGGAGGCUCCUGAAGCACUUGAGUGGCCGCACCAGUCAUAUUCAUAGUGAUAAGAACGAGGUUAACAAGAAAGUGUGUUGUUCCAAUAAGAGUAACCAUGAUUUGUCAUCUUCACAGCAAUGUAAUGACCAAGGCUUCAUAGUUUCUAAGGAAAAGAAAUGCUCGCGGCGGGAUCGCCGGAACGGUCGCGCCGGAUUGUGGCGGCCGCGGUUGGAGAGUAUCUCAGAAGAUUAA